AUGCAUUUGAUCGGCCGCUGCCCAGGAUUCAACGGCCAGCAUCCGCCUUAUGCUCGCUUCUUUCCUCUUCUAUUAGCCCUCACAAUCUCCGCACGUACAACUCGAGCGGACGCGCAAGCCGAUAAACCCCCAAGAACACUUAAUCCUGUGUCCAGCGACUCCAUUGAUCGUAAACAGCCAGAAUUUAAUAACUUCAAGCAGCCUUGCAAUUUCUACUGUUACCUAUCUACCGAAAAGCAGGAUGAGGUCAAAUGCACUGCCAUUCCAUUUGCGCCACCGCAAAACCAACCCACAAACAUUCCCUGUUACCUGGACACAGAAGACAGACAAAUUGUGAUUGGAAAUAAAUCAAGCGUUCGCCGAAUUGCACCAGGUGGCCUGAGGGUGCUUGCAAACCCACGUGCUCUCCAACCGCCGUUCAAUAAAAAUCAUCUCAACUUGUACUUACGACUGAAUAUUUUGGAAAUGAACGCCACCGCGCUAGAGGGCCUGGAAGGUGCACUCCAACAAAUACAAAUUUACAAUCUACACGAUUUGCACCCGGAUACUUUCUUUCAUCACAGACGACUCAGCGCAUUCGCCCUGGACACUGCUACAGCACCCGAGUUUCCUCGUUCGCUUGCGGCUAAGUUACAGCAGGAUGCCACUGGCCUGCCCAUACGGCCUUUCUUUCGUCUUUUUCCUGAGGACGUAGGCAAUCCGUUCGCCUUAAACAUGGAUGUCAGGUGUCACCGCUGCGGCAAUGACUCCGAGAGUGUCGGAAGUGAAGAAAUGGAGGACCCGAUCAUCAUCACGUUCCCCCAAGAACGAAAACCCAGUACUCCUGUUCCCGCCUUAAAUGUUCUCGACGCCCUUUCACUGAUGUACCUCGACAGUUGUCCACGUCUGGAGGACGGACUAGGCUGUCCACUGAGGCUGGAUGCAGAAAAUGACAAUACCUCUAACACAACAACUCUCGGGAAUCCCUUGCUGCCGUAUGUUGUCAGUGAGUUGGCGCCCACGGGUUGGUCUGACAACGAUGGUCUGACUGAUGACCUGGCGACGGAUGAUGACUCAGACGCAUUGGUCGUCGCCACAGCCGGUCACAACAGCGCUCUCACAACAUUUCUCGUCGUUUGGUGUUCUCUGAUCACAGUCAUUCUACUCUGCGUCUGUGUGGUUCUAUUCAUU